GCGGGCCCCCCGCCAUGCCGGCCCGCUGCGUGGCCGCCCACUGCGGCAACACCACCAAGUCGGGCAAGUCCCUGUUCCGCUUCCCCAAGGACCGCGCGGUGCGGCUGCUGUGGGACCGCUUCGUGCGGGGCCACCGCGCCGACUGGUACGGGGGCAACGACCGCUCGGUCAUCUGCUCCGACCACUUCGCCCCCUGCUGCUUCGACGUCUCCUCCGUCAUCCAGAAGAAUCUGCAGUUCUCGCAGCGCCUGCGGCUGGUGGCGGGCGCCGUGCCCACCCUGCACCGGGCGCCGGCCCUGCCCCCCGAGGAGCGCCCGGAGGAGCCGACGCCCGCCCCGGCCCCUACCCCUGGCCCGGAGGCGGAGGAGCACGGGGAGGCCCGACCGGCGGGUCAGCAGCUGGACGUCCCCUCAGCCGACCCCACGCCCUGCAGACUCGUCCUCCCCGCCCGGAAGAGGCCUGCGACUGCCCAGAUUACAUAUGAUUAUGAAGCUACCCAGACACAAGUAGAUGUUGAUCACCAAUCUAAUGAUGUCACUUCGGUGCCUCCUUACUGUGAAGAAGGCUUAGUGUCUAUAGAUGUUGAUGUUCAUUCACUUAAGAUGCAUAAAAGUACACAAAUUUCUCUGAAAAGGCCCCCUCAUCGUAGUUUAGGUAUUCAGACCAAAGUAAAAAUAUCAAGUAAACGACUAUGUGAUGCAGCUACUCAAACAGAUGAAUUAUGGUCUGUUCCUAGAACUUCUUCCCUGUUUGGCGUUUAUUCCAGUGAUUCUGAAACAGAUACUGACUGGAAUAUCAAGAGUGAACAGAGUGAUUUAUCUUCCAUAGCUUGCAGGUGAAAGAAGAGACAUAUUGAAUGUGGACAUCAUCAAAUCAUUCAAUGUAUUACAAAUCUUUACCCGUAUGUAAUUUUUUCUUUGAUCUUGUGAUUCUGUUAUUAUUUCUUUGUGAAAAAUUUAUAUUUCAUCACCAACAAGCCUUGUUUUAAGUGAGACAAAAAUUUGCCUACAUUCAGAGCUAAUGGAAAUGGUCCUGACUGCCCCUUUCUUCACCCUGUAUCCCUUUUUUUUUUAAACUAGCAAACCCAUACAAAAGCAGUUUAAGAUUUCCAGAGACAAAUCAAGCAUCCACUACUUAAGAAUAUCAUUAUUCUUCAGACUACUUUAAAACUAUGAAAAAACAACAAAAUUACUACAGGAAAAGACAAAUAAUAGUAAAUGAUUAGGGUAAGAGUAGGCUAUUAAUGUUUAGAUGGUUAUCUAAUAAGAUGACUUGUAUUUUAUUUAGUUCUAAUACCAUUAGAAUUAUCACUCCAUACCUGUGGGAAUUCCUAGUGAAAGCUUUGUAUCUCAUAGAAAACUUUCUGUGGAUAAUGGCUUAAUUGUUGGUUGGAUUUAGUUUACUUAAACUGUUUUGUGAGUCACAUCAAUUUACCAUCUUAAAUUAUUUAGAUUUCUAUUUCGUGUAUAGAAAUUGUUAAAGUCAUACAAUGUAAGAUUGCAUUCCCAGGAGAAUUCUAAACAUUUUACCUUUCAGGGCCUAGUUUUUCCCUUAUCGAUGCCAUUUUUACUUUUUAUUCUAAUAAAUUAAAUGUUUGGAAAGCAUGUGCAAGUUAACUUGCAUCAACCAGGGAAAUUCCUAUGGCAAUGUCAUUCAAAUAGCCAUUCCGUUACUGUGGUUUCUGGAAAAACUUAUUUUAUAUACUGUACCUUUUUUUUUUUU